GGCUGAACGUUUGUUUUUGUUGGGUUUUUUUUAAAAUUAAACCGAAUAACACACCAACAACUUUAUAAUAGUAAUUAUAACAACAAUAAUAAUAGUAGCAGUAAUAAUAAAAGUUGAUAUAUGUAUAUAUAGUGGUGUUGAAAUCGAAACUGACGCCUACACGGUGAACAAAUCUAAAAACAGAAGGCCGCAACUGAAGCCUCGGGCUGGUUUAGUGUAGGCAGCCGGGGAAGAGGCGCGGAUGGUGGGUGUCAUCUGAAGACGACCUCAAAACACCGGACUUUAAUAUAAACAACAACAAAAACAUUCAAUUUUUGCAUUUCCAAAUCUUCAGUCCCGCGUUGUUUAGCGACGCUGAAAGAGAUGACCUUUAGGGACUAACCUUUGACCCUUGGCCCACCCCUCCCUUUCCUUCCCCCCCCUCCCCCCCUCCCCCCCUUUCCUCCUCCUGGUGGGACGGACGUCCUGUGAUGGACCCCAGGCAGUUUGUGAUUGGUACGGUCUCUUCCCAAAUUCCCAGAAACUCCAUGCCUCCCGGAUUGAUCCGGAAAUCCCGAGGCGGAGCCGAGGGUCACGACCCCUGGCCGGUUGCCAAGGCGGAGUUUCCCUGGCAACAAGAUGUCCCUGAAAGCAUGCCGUGGGGGGAUCCCAGGGGUACAGAGUUCACAGCUACGGAAAGAAGUCAGUGGCGCUGUGGGAAAUCGAAACGACGAAUUGACAAGCUUGCAGAUCAGGGGCCUGUGUGCAAACACCUCCUCACUGAAGACAUGAUGGCAGCUCGCUUCACCUGUCUCAGCCUGGAUAACGACCAUGCUUACGCCUGCACAGGCUUCCCCACAGCACCCCCACAGCAAGGGCAGAGCAAGGACACUGCUGCGUCUGCCACAGCCGCAGCAGGCGCUUCCAGCUACAGGACAGCUCCCCCAGUGCCCAGGAGGAGGAAUGACAACGAGAGGUACCCUGUGGCGCCAUCUGUGGACCGGAGGACUAGGGAGUUUCAGCACUUCAGAGAAAUAGAGGAAAAACUGGAAAUGGAGGAGUGUGAGUUGGAUGAAUCGGGUUCUGAUGUCACCGGCGACGCCCCCCUGAUUCUCACAGUGUCGGGGGGGGAUCUCAGACUGCCUCCCAGUCUGCCCAGUAACCUGCUCUACUCGCUCUAUCCCUCUUGCUCUGAGCUCGUUUUGUGGCAGCCUCCUGGCUUUUUAAUACCAGAGGCAAUCAGGUCGCUGGGAAAGAAACUGGGUCAGAACCAGCAACCAGUCGUGGACCCAGAGACCCCACAGAGCCAGCAGACAGACCUCACCCAGUCGCUGCUGCUGCAGUACCAGCACAGGCCUGCUAGGAGGCAGCAGCAAACUUCAGACAAUGAUGUUGAGAUGGAGAUCUGAUAUAAGAAAUAGCUUUGUGUUUUUAUUUGUAUUAUUAUUAUUAUUAUUAUUAGGCAGAAAUGAGAGGCUAGUGAAUUAGUCCGCUGUUUGUCUGUGCCACCUGUGACGGAGUGUUCUGUCUCGUUAACGUUCUCUGUCCAGGAUGUGGGAGGGGCCAGUAAGCCAGUGCACCAAUACCAUUUCUACAGGGGUGUGGCUAAAGCACCCUGGGGAAUUGUGAUUGGUUGCAGACAGCCGAAGGGAGGUGUGGUCAAGCCAAGGAGAAUGUAUGUGUGUGUAAACUACAACUGAAUGAAUUGUUUUUACCAGCUUUUUGACUGUUGUUUUUGUUUUUUUAAAAUAAAUGUCUUAUAUUGAC